AAAGAACGUCACGUCUAAAAGUGACUGCUGGACUUGAUUAUGUAUUGUUAAAGGGAAGCAAAACCUCUUUUUACGCUUUCUCCUUCCUUUUCCCAUUUUUUUUUUCGUGUGAAAAAUUUAUAGCAAUCAAGAGAAUAAUAACAAACUGAUAGUUUAAACACAUACAGAAAAGAAAAUACUCAUCCUUUUAUCCACUAAUGAAUUUUAUUUGCAAGUACAAAUAACCCCCCUUUUUAUAUUGAAAAAAAUAUGAGUAGAAGAAAAGCCAAUGGAAGAAGGGAUGAUGAUUUUAAUCGUAAUAGUAGACUUUUAGUCACAAAAGAAAGCCCAAGUCAUAAUAGUGAACGUCAAUUAUUUGACCCUCGUUCCCAUAACCCUAUCGCUUUCAACAAAUCGAUUGACCAAGAUACACCCGUAACAAGACCCACUCCCACAAGAAAUCUAUAUGAGGAGAAUGUCGAACCUGUUAAAGCCAAACCUAAAAAGAAGUCCCCACUCGAAAGAAAAAUGGUUGACUCAAAAAACACUGUAGAAGAAAAACAAAAGCAAGACCAAAAAAAAGCAUGGAAAGCACUGGUUGCUUCACUUCGUAAUAUUGAGACUCAACUAGAAUCAUUAACUAGCACGUCUCGUACAUUAUCUUGUUUUAACGACGAUGACAGACAAUUACCUGCUAAUAGACGAAACGUAGAUCAAGUAGUAAAUACACAAGAUAUCGUCUUGGUCGAACAAGAUGUUUUGGAUGCUGAAAAAAUCUGGAAAGAAAAGAUUAGACUUCAUGUGGUAUUAGGUGAAAAAUAUCUAGAAAUUUUGAACUGUGAUUUAGAAUAUGCGGAAAAGAAGGGUUUGGAGAGUUUAUGUUGGAAAAGAGCUGUCUAUAGCCUCGUUGACCAAUUCAGACGUGCCUUAAAGAAAUCCGCCGCUAAUACCGCUACAGCCACCAAUACCAAACAGAGCGAUUUAGCUGCUUUGUUGAUGGAGGAAGACAAUGAUGCCAUGAUACCUGUAAUUCAUGAAGGAGGUGGUAUGACUUUUAUCAAGGCCGAGAAAAAGGAUGACGGUCAGUUAUUGAUCAAACAAACAGCGAUGAUUUUAUCUUUAUUUUUGGAAUAUUUGGAUUUAAUGGAUGCAUUUUAUCAGAAAAUGACUUUGUUUUUGAAAUCCGUAGAUAAUGAUGAUGAUGAAAAUAUGGAAAAUUAUCUUAGUCAGUGGAGGCGUACAAGAAAGUACAAGUGGUACAGUUGUAUUCCAUUACGUGGUGAUAUUGCAAGAUACAGAUGGUCUUAUAUUUCAGAUGAUCAAGUUUCACACUGGACAAAAGAGGAAGCUUUUAAAGAAGCUUGGAGGAGAUACUUUUUGGGGAUAUGGCUAAUGCCAGCUAAAGGAAAUCUUUAUUUUAAUCUAUCUCUAUUAUUACAACACUCCAAAAAUACACCUGGCCAUGAUUUUCAUAAGCUUUAUCUUAGUACACGUAGUUUAAUGGUGCGUCGUAACGGCUUUUUAAACGCCAGAGAGGGUAUGCUUGUCUUAUUUGAAGGAAACCGUCGCUGGAUACACAAACAUUUCGAAAUGAACGAUCACCCAGCAAAGCAAAAAACUAAAAAAUCAACUAAGCUGAGUAGACCCAACAAUAUAUCCGAUAAAGACUCUAAAAUUCCUGCACUGUUUGUUCGACUUCACGGUAUGCUCUUCACCAAAAUAGGGCUCGAUGAAUUUCCCAAAAUCAAACGUCUCUUUUUUGAUGCCUUGUUCGAAAAAAGUCAUAAGAGUCAAGACGGACCAGAUAACAUCAUUUUAGGCGCCAUUUCAAACUCGCCGGAUCAUAAGGAACUAUCCGAAUCCCACCUUUUUUGGUUUGAAACAGUCGUUACCUGCCUUUCAUCGCUUUAUACCUAUGAUUAUGCCAAUUCAAAGCUGACAAAGUUGAUAUCAAGUAAUUCAACAAGUAUAUUUUAUCCAGAAACGAACGAUGAGCAAUAUGAAGCACUAUUGGAAGAGCUAAGUGAUAGUAUUUUGUUCACUUACGAAAUUGAUUUAACUUGUCAAAUCGCUGUAGAGUUGUUUCAAAGGUACUUGGACCCACUUUUGUCACUACCUAAUAUUCCAAUUCUACCAAAGUUGCCUCACGUCUCUUUGAACUACAAGGAUAACAAAGACUUUUUGUUUGGUCCCGUUGCGGAUCAUGCUGCAGAAGAUGGUCCAGACACAACAUCGGAUAUAGACAAUCAUGCUUGGCUUAUUUAUAUCGAAAUAUUGCUUCAUUGGAUGGUGUUAAACGGUAUUUGUAUUCGAUCGAAGAAAAAAGCCUCGCUUUGGGAAUCUUUGGUUGGAGAUAUAGGAUAUGAUCUUACUUCCCAGCAAGGCAAACGAUUUUCCAUGAAUGAUAACGAAACACACAAUCGUGCAAGCAAGAUAUCUUCAGCCUUUUGGCCACUUUUGCUCUUGUUUUUAAAUAAGCUCUUAACGGAACUCCCAGAUGAAGAUAAAUAUGACAUGGUGAAUAAGCAUUUAAUGGAAGAGGAUGAAGAUGUCAACAUUACCAACGAUAAAUUCUCCAAAUCUGAAUAUGCGUUCGCAAAGAAUGUCUCAAUGAUUUUGGGUCAAGGGCCAGAUCUUCCAGAGGAGGGCUAUUUAAGAGGGCUUGGUUGGGUGGAUGAAAUUCAUGGAAGAUUUUUGAAAUUGGAUCAGGAUGUAAAGGAAAAUAAACCAAAAGGAACGUUGGAUACAGUGAUGCGUAGAAAGAUCAAGAUUUUGGAUUAUGGAUUUACCUUGGUUAAGCACUUGGAUGAUAUACUUUAUUAUGAUCCAGUUGAGGAAAUAUUUACAGUAUCAAAAACUGUUGAAGAACGAGCAUAUGCUCUCGACCAAGAAUUCAAUCUUUCGCAAUCCAAGGAUCAACAUACGGAAAAUCUUUACGAUGAAGAGCAGGUAGUGGCUACCAUUGCCGAAAUGGAUGACGAUGUAUUAUUGUCAAGCGAAACGGAAUGUUUUGAUGAAAAGAACGAAGGCGAUGAUAUCAUGACCCAACUGAAGAAACGACGUGAACAACUUCAAUCCAUAGUAGCAUCUGCUGAAAAAGAAGAAAGGUUUGGCUAUCGUCGUUUACCUGCCCGUGCCAAGGAACGAGAAGCCCGUUUAAAUUAUUUGCGGGAAUGCAUUAUUCCUGGCAAGACAAUUUUGGUAUUAGACACAAAUUGUUUCAUUGGCCAUAUUGAUCAUGUUCAAAAAUUAUUGGAGUCCAAGAAAUGGACCAUCAUUGUACCGCUUGUCGUUGUUACUGAACUGGAUGGUCUUCGUACCAAUCCUCAGCGCUUGGGCCUUGUAGCUCAACAAGGUAUCGAGUUAUUGCAGAACACUUUGGCUGUAAAAUCCAACAAGCAGAUGCUUCGAAUUCAAACCUCUCACAAUAAUUUCAUGAAUGAUAUUUCUAUUCGCUCUGAACAGUUUGUAUUUGGUGAAACGGACAAGAAUUUAGAUGAUUUGAUCCUUUCGUCCUGUUUAUGGUGGAUAGCCCAACAAGGACCGAAAUCCACUGAUGAUAAAGUUGUGCCUGUCUGCCUAGUGACAGGUGAUAGAAAUCUUAGUGUAAAAGCACGAGCAAGAGACGUAGAAGUUGUUCCUGUCUCUGCCAUUAUUCAAUUAACCCCCAAAGCAUAAGAAAAUAAAAAUAAUGCGGAAACUAUUUAACCACAUUGUUCCUGUUCUA